GAACCCAUCAACCUACUCCCCUAUGAAGGAACUUGUCGUGGACAUUGCUCCCAAAUGUAUCAAGGGUAUUGAGUUUGGCGCGUUAUCUGCGGCUGAUAUUGUUGCGCAGUCGGAGGUGGAGAUCUCUACUCGCGACCUCUACGACUUGGAGAACGGCAGAACCCCCAAGGCCGGUGGGGCAAUUGACAAGAAGAUGGGUGUUUCAUCUAGUUCAGCCGAGUGCACCACCUGUUCUGGGGUUCUUGCCACGUGUCAUGGCCACUUCGGGCAUGUGCGCUUGGCGUUGCCGGUGUUUCACGUCGGGUACUUCAAACUGAUCAUCCAGGUGUUGCAAACGAUCUGUAAGACGUGCUCCUCGGUGCUUCUCGAUGACGAGGCGAAGCGCCAGUUUCUCGCUGACUUGAGAAGACCGAACCUUGACAACUUGAGACGCAUGAAGAUCUUGAAGAAGGUGUUGGAGCAAUGCAAGAAGCAGAGACGCUGCUUGAAAUGCCACAACCUCAACGGUGUGGUGAAGAAAGCCGCUGCCGGGAACGGUGCCGCAUCCUUGAAGAUUCUCCAUGACACGUUCAGAUGGAUCGGUAAGAAGUCUGUUUCCGAGAAGGGCGAGUGGGAUGCGGAUUUCCAGCGCAUUAAUGACACUAACCCAGAUCUCGUGAAAUUCACCAAAAAGUGUAUGGAUGACUUGAAUCCGCUUAAGGUGUUAAACCUUUUCAAGCAGAUUGCCGCAUCUGACUGCGAGUUACUUGGGAUCGACGCCUCUCGUGGCGGAAGACCCGAGAUGUAUAUCUGGAGAUACCUCCCGGCGCCCCCGGUGUGUAUCAGGCCGUCAGUGGUGAUGGUGGAUUCUCCAUCGUCCAAUGAAGAUGACUUGACUGUCAAAUUAACAGAAAUUGUGUGGACCUCUUCCUUGAUCAAGGCGGGUAUCGAAAAGGGGAUCUCUAUUAACCAGUUGAUGGAACAGUGGGACUACCUCCAGUUGUCCGUGGCAAUGUACAUUAACUCGGAUGCUGCUUCCGCCGCGUUGCUUCCCGGUGCAUCCGCGUCUGCAAAGUAUGCCAAGCCGAUCCGGGGCCUCUGCCAGAGGUUAAAGGGGAAGCAGGGGCGUUUCAGAGGGAACUUGUCGGGUAAGCGUGUGGAUUUCUCGGGCCGCACCGUCAUUUCCCCCGACCCAAACUUGCGUAUUGAUGAGGUUGCCGUCCCAGACAGAGUGGCCAAGGUCUUAACCUACCCAGAGAGAUGCACCCGCUACAAUCGCAAAAAGCUACAAGGCUUGAUUCUCAACGGACCGGACGUCCAUCCCGGGGCUAACUACUUGAUGAAGAAGGACGAAGAAGCGAAGCGUAACCUCCGCUUUGGUGACAAGGCCAAGUUAGCGCGCAACCUCCUGAUUGGUGACGUCGUCGAGAGACACAUCGAGGACGGUGACAUUGUGUUAUUUAACCGCCAACCAUCGCUACACAGAUUGUCCAUUUUGUCGCACUAUGCCAAGAUCCGCCCGUGGAGAACAUUUCGCUUGAACGAGUGUGUAUGCACGCCGUACAACGCCGAUUUCGAUGGUGAUGAGAUGAACUUACACGUACCGCAGACGGAGGAAGCCAGAGCUGAGGCCAUCAAUUUGAUGGGAGUCAAGAAUAACUUGUUGACCCCGAAGUCGGGAGAGCCGAUCAUUGCGGCUACUCAAGAUUUCAUCACCGGGUCCUACUUGAUCUCCCACAAGGAUACCUUCUUUGACCGUGCCUCUUUGUCGCAGAUCCUCUCGAUGAUGUCGGAUGCAAACACGCAGUUCGACAUCCCGCCGCCGGCCAUCAUCAAGCCGCAGUUUCUCUGGACUGGGAAACAAGUCUUCUCGCUCCUAAUCAAACCGAACCGUGCGUCGAACGUGGUGAUCAACUUAGAUGCGAAGAACAAAACGUUUGUUCCGCCGCUCAAGGGCUUCCCCAACGAGAUGUCCCCCAACGACGGGUUCGUGGUCAUCCGCGGCUCCCAGAUUUUGAGUGGUGUAAUGGACAAGUCCGUUUUGGGUGACGGUAAGAAGCACUCGGUGUUUUACACGAUUCUUAGAGAUUAUGGUCCGGAUGACGCAGCGAUGGCGAUGAACAGAAUGGCCAAAAUGUGUGCCAGGUACCUUGGGAACCGUGGUUUUUCCAUCGGUAUCAACGACGUCACUCCUGGUACCGAAUUAAAGAAGAUGAAGGAGAGCAUGGUCGAGGAGGCGUACGCCAAGUGUGACGAGUUGAUUGGCUUGUACAAGCAGGGUAAAUUGGAGACCCAGCCGGGCUGUAACGAGGAACAGACCUUGGAAGCCAAGAUCGGUGGAUUACUAUCCAAGGUCAGAGAAGAGGUCGGUGAGGUGUGUGUGCGCGAGCUUGCGCCGUCCAAUGCGCCGCUCAUAAUGGCCACCUGUGGGUCCAAGGGGUCCACCUUGAAUGUCUCGCAAAUGGUGGCCGUCGUCGGGCAGCAGAUUAUUGCUGGUAGCCGUGUGCCCGACGGAUUUCAAGACAGGUCCUUACCGCAUUUCGCCAAGAAAUCCAAGACGCCGCAGUCUAAGGGUUUUGUGCGCAACUCAUUCUACUCCGGGUUAACGCCGCCGGAGUUUCUUUUCCACGCCAUUUCCGGGAGAGAAGGGUUGGUUGAUACGGCCGUCAAGACCGCUGAGACCGGGUACAUGUCGCGUCGUUUGAUGAAAUCCUUGGAGGAUUUGUCGUCGCAGUACGAUGCCACGGUGAGAAACUCGAGCAAUGGUAUCGUCCAGUUCAAGUACGGUGGGGAUGGCUUGGAUCCGUUCGAUAUGGAGGGUGACGCCAAGCCAGUCAACUUUGUCCGCCAAUGGGAUCAUGCGUACAACCUCACAUACACGCAUAGGGAUGAGUGCUUGACCCCAUAUGCCAUCGACGCGUUGGUAGACCUGAUCCUCCGUCCGAUGGAGGACAAACUUGUGAGGUUGGACAACCUCGGACACCGCGUGCCGGAGGAGCACUUGGACGACAUUGAGUUUGUGGACCAGGAUGAUGCCGAGAGAAAUUUCUACCAGUCUAUUCGUGACUUCUUACACCUGAAAGCAACUCGUCUCGGGGGUAUCAGACACAAGCACGGGUUACCGACACUCUUGGAUGCGCCGAGAGUGCCGAUUCUGACAGAAAACCCCGAGGCGCUCGCGAUUAUCAACCAGGUGUCGAAAAUUUCCGCCGCGACUGUCAAGAAGUUCCUCGAAUUCUGCAUAUACAAGUAUCACAAGGCGAGAGUUGAGCCAGGUACUGCCGUAGGUGCCAUUGGUGCGCAGUCUAUUGGUGAACCAGGUACCCAGAUGACCUUGAAGACUUUCCAUUUUGCCGGUGUGGCGUCGAUGAAUGUCACACUCGGUGUGCCACGUAUCAAGGAGAUCAUCAACGCAUCGAAAUCCAUCUCCACGCCAAUCAUCAACGCUGUUUUAGUUAAUGAUGACGACGAGAGAGCGGCACGUGUCGUCAAGGGGAGGGUCGAGAAGACAUUGUUAGAAGACGUUACGUUCUACAUCCAGGACGUGUACAAGGACAACCAGUCAUAUCUCCAGGUGCGCGUGGACUUGGAGACCAUCGAAAAGUUGCAGUUAGAGUUGACCAUUGAUGACAUCGCCAAGGCAAUUGUCAAAGCGCCAAAAUUGAAGAUCUACAGCUCCGACGUGUUGGUCUACGGCAGCGACAAGAUUAACAUCAUGGUAGAGCUCGCGGAGGCCAAGGGAACUGUCGACAAGCCCGUCACCAACUCCUUGUUUUUCCGCAUGCAACAGUUGCGUCGUGCAUUACCAAAGAUCGUCGUCAAGGGGUUGUCCGACAUCGCGCGCGCGGUCAUCAACAUCCGUGACGACGGGAAAAAAGAGUUGUUGGUCGAAGGGUACGGCUUAAAGGACGUCAUGUGCACAGACGGUGUGGUCGGGACCAAGACCAGCACAAACCACGUGCUCGAAGUGUUCGAGGUAUUGGGGAUCGAGGCCGCGAGAUCUUCGAUCGUGGGCGAAAUUGAUUAUACCAUGUCCAAGCACGGGAUGAGUGUCGAUCCGCGCCACAUCCAGUUGCUAGGCGAUGUCAUGACCUACAAAGGUGAGGUCUUGGGGAUUACCCGCUUCGGAUUGUCCAAGAUGAGAGACUCGGUCUUGCAGUUGGCAUCAUUCGAAAAGACCACUGACCAUUUGUUCGAUGCGUCAUUCUAUAUGAAGACCGAUGCCGUCGAAGGUGUGUCUGAGUGUAUUAUCUUGGGGCAGACGAUGACCAUUGGUACUGGUGCAUUCCAGGUGGUUAAGCAGACGCAUGUGGAUGCGGCUGAAUUGCAGUCGAGAACCACUUUGUUUGAAGAUUUAUGUGCGGCGGCGUAACCGAGGCAAGCUGGAGGCUGUGAGAAUGGAAAUUCUCUGUUGCCUGGUGGUUUCGGACGCAUGGUGUUAAAAGGCACAUUUAUUCGUGUGUUUAUUUAUGUGUAUCAGCAUCUGUAUAUUUAGUAAUGAACGAAUUGUCGUUUAGCGGUCCAAGAGUCUGGGGCAAAGAUUUGACGGCGAACGAGCUUGCGCUUAUUUAUAUUUCGCGUCUAUUUCAAUUAAAUUGUACCUGAGUGGGGUGAAAAUUCAGUUAAGAGCUCAACGGUUAGGUGGCUGCGAAAUAUAUAAAAAUACGGUAUUGGCCGAAAUAUUUCAGAU